AUGACAUACACAGAAAUGAGAAAUCAAACCAUCAUCGCAGAAUUCAUCCUUCUUGGAUUUGGGAAUCUACCAGAACUGCACGUUCCACUCUUCCUGCUGUUUCUCCUGAUCUACAUUGUGACCAUGGCUGGGAACAUCCUCAUCAUCAUGCUGGUUGUGGCUGAUCACCACCUGCACACCCCUAUGUACUUCUUCCUGGGGAACUUGUCCUGCCUGGAGACCUGCUACAGCUCUGCCAUCCUGCCCAAGAUGUUUUCAGGUCUCCUUACCAAUAACAAAACCAUUUCUUUCCUCGGCUGCCUCCUUCAGUUUUACAUAUUUGGUUACCUUGUCUGUACUGAAUGUGUCCUCUUGUCGGUCAUGUCCUAUGACCGGUACUUAGCAAUAUGCGAUCCCCUGCAUUAUGCAGCUGCAAUGAACUCAAGGAUCUGUGCUAAAUUAGCUUCAGAUUCUUGGAUAACUGGAUACUUAGUUUCCACCAUAACAAUAAGCUUAAUGUCAACGCUGAAUUUCUGUGGCCCCAGUACAAUUGACCGUUUCUUCUGUGAUUUGACACCCCUACUAAAACUCUCCUGUACAGACACCCACUUGGUCCGAGUGGCAAUUUUUGCCUCUACUUGCUUAGGGGCAUUUCCCCCAUUUCUACUGACUCUGGCAUCCUAUGCUUGUAUCAUUGCCACCAUCCUGAGAAUCCCAUCUACCCCUGGGAGGCAAAAAGCAUUUUCCACCUGCUCCUCCCACCUCAUUGUGGUAACCAUCUUCUUUGGUACUAUAAUCGUUGUGUAUCUCACCCCAACAGUGGAUACUUGGAGAGCCCUGAACAAAGUGCUGUCUGUCUUCUACACUGUCCUCACCCCAAUGAUCAACCCCCUCAUCUACAGCCUGAGACACAGGGAAGUGAAGGAAGCCCUGGGCAGAGCUCUUAAUCUCUGA